AUGGAUGGUGGUUAUGGUGAUGGAAUAAGGAAUAAUUAUGAUCUCAAGAAUGGAAUUUCUAGUUGUUGUUGUGGUGUUAUCGAAGAGAGAGAAGGUGAGUAUGAAGAUGCACAAGAAAGGGAUGAGAGGGAGAAAAGAGUGGUGGCGAUAAUGAUGGUGUUGAUCGGAGAACGUGAUUGGUGGUUGAAAUCGCCCGGGAGGGCCGAACACUUUGGUUAUGAAAUCUUCAACAAAGAAGGAUUUAAAGAUUGGAAGCAUGCAUCUAAAGGCUUCAAAGAUCAUAUUGGUAGUCAUAAUAGUAAGCACAACUCAUUUAUGAAGCACUAUGAUGAUUAUAAUAAUCAAAGACAAAGUGUGACAAGUAUCUUUGCUAGAGCAACUAGGGAAUCCGAAGAAUUGUAUAAGAUCCGUUUGACUAGUUCUUUAGGUUGUACUAGAUAUCUCAUAGCACAAGGCAUUGCUUUUCGUGGCCAUGAUGAAAGCUCUACUUCUAUAAAUAAGGGAAAUUUUAGAGAGAUGGUGAAUUGGGUAAAAUCUAAUGAUGAAAAAGUGAGAGAUGCUUUUGACCGUGGUCCAAAAAAUUGCACAAUAACUUUCGGUGACAUUCAAAAGGAGCUUGCAACGUGUUGUGCACAUGAAUUUACCAAGGUUCUUGAAUGA